GAAGUGCGCAUGCGCCCCCCCCCCCACUACGUCUCAUUGUUCAGUGUAAGCUAACCUUUUGCUAACGUGCUAGUGACAACUUACAGCUUUGAAUUGCUCCUACGUGUAAAUAUUUCUUAAGAACUUUAACAAACACACACUACGAGUGUUAAUUCCAUCCACUAUGAGUAAGAGAAAAGCACCACAAGAAUCUCUAAACGAAGGAAUAACGGACUUUCUUAUUGAGUUGGCCAACUAUGAGAAAAAUGUCAACAGGGCAAUACACAAGUACAAUGCUUACAGGAAAGCAGCAUCUACCAUUUCUAAAUAUCCCAACAAGAUUAGGAACGGAGAAGAGGCAAAAAAACUGGAGGGUGUUGGUGCCAAAAUAGCAGAGAAAAUUGAUGAAUUUCUACAAACGGGCAAACUAAGAAAACUUGAAAAGAUCCGAAAUGAUGACACCAGCUCUUCCAUCAACUUCCUCACCAGAGUUACUGGAAUCGGACCUGCUGCUGCCAGGAAGUUUUUUGAAGAAGGGGUGAAGACAUUAGAUGAUUUGAAAAAGGUCGAGCACAAACUUAACCACCAUCAAAAGAUUGGACUCAGGUACUUUGAAGAGUUUGAGAAAAGGAUCCCAAGAGCUGAAAUGGAAACAAUGGAGGCUCUUAUUAUUGCCGAGUUGAAGAAAAUUGAUCCAGAAUAUAUCGGAACAAUUUGUGGAAGCUACAGAAGAGGUGCAGCGUCGAGUGGUGAUAUUGAUAUUCUGCUGACCCAUCCAAACUACACCUCACAGACUGAGAAGCAGCCCAAGCUCCUCCACGCUGUGGUUGACCACUUAGAGUCCAUUGGGUUUGUGACUGACACUCUGUCCAAAGGAGACACCAAGUUCAUGGGUGUCUGCCAGCUGCAGCAGAGCGGUGAUGAGGAUGAUGGGGAUGAGGAAGAAUACCUUCACAGGCGUAUUGACAUUAGGUUGAUUCCCAAAGACCAGUACUACUGUGGAGUUUUGUAUUUCACUGGAAGUGACAUCUUCAACAAAAAUAUGAGGGCUCAUGCUCUGGAGAAGGGCUUCACUCUAAACGAGUACACCAUACGGCCACUUGGUGUCACCGGUGUGGCAGGAGAACCUCUGCCGGUGGACAGCGAGAGAGACAUUUUUGAGUACAUCCAGUACAAAUUUAAGGAGCCCAAAGACCGCAGCCAGUGAAGGACAAGACGGCCUCCUGCUGAAACUAUCUUUGAAAUAGAGUGGCUUUAAAAAAAAACUGUGUUGAUGUUACUUUUUAAUACGUCCUCUUGUGAUACGACAAAGGAAACUACCCAACAUUUUAAUGGUUUGAUCAUGUUUUUAACCAGGAAAUACACAGAUUUGGAAAAGAAAAAAAAUCUUUUUGGAUGGAAUUCAACUUUAUUGUAGUUUAGAAAUCAUUGUAAACAUUGACUUUCUGUUUGGACUUAAAAUGUGCUUUUCAUUUUAUUAUUAAAAGGGAAUAUUACCUCUAAAGUGUGUUAAUAACCCCUAAAACAUCCGUUUGUGUAGGGAAAUGUUUGUAUCUUAUUUCUUUAGUUGUACAUCAUUUUUUUUUUAUUUCUUGCAUCUUAUAUUGGGGGCAGACUACAUAGAAAUGUUACAAAGACAACCUGACAGAUUCAGUUUCCAUGGGUACACUAGAUUUUUUUAAAGAAUUCUUCAGGCUCUGAACCUUUUAAGUUCUUACAAUCAAAAAUGUGUUUUAUUUGAAUGUGCUGAAAAACUUGAGUCCUGUGUGGUAUUUUGGAUAUGAAAAAGCAAUGUGCUGUAGAUCGAAGUAAAUUAUUCUUUGUUGUCAAACUUGAAUAGAAUAUGGGUGUUUUUUUUGACAAAAUAUAUAUUUAAAAUGAUUUGUUUUGGAGUUUUGUUACAUUUUUUAAACAAAAUUAUAAAAAAUGUAUGAGUUGGUAAUAAAACUUUAGUAAGAGAUUUGAUACAAUAUGUAUAUACUUAAGAGAUUGCUAAAAUCUUUAUAGAGAAAUAGAAAAUAUUAGGAUAGACAUCACAUAUGUGGUGAUUUCUUUUUUUUUUUUGUGAGGCUGUUUUGACAAUUAACUCACAUUUAUUGAAUAGUUUUGGGCAAAAGUAUUUUUUUCCUGAUGACACCACAACCCUCCCAACACCACAUCCCCAUGUGACUACUGAGAAAAAAAAAAUAUGAGAGCCCAUUUGUUCAUCACAGCACCACUUUUAACACAUUAUUGACAAAAGUCAUACCACUGCGUUAAAUAAAUGUUUUUGUUUA